UAGUGAAUGAUCUCUAUGGUGGUAGUUUACACGCUUUUCGAGGCUUCGCUUUCGUCUUGUUCCUUUUAACUUACCAAUUUACGUUCAAUCCACGCAUAUGUGUAUGAAUCGCAUUCAUUCUCCAAUCCACGUUUGAAAUAUUUUGGAAUCUUAUUCAUUCUAAGUGCAUCAAUCUCCAACUCGUAACUAGAUUAUUCACUUUAACCUUUAAAAACGAUAAUUAAAGUGUUUUUAAUACAAUAUAUAGUAAUAUAAACGCGAAUCAUUACUGCUUAAUGUUUAUCAUGGAAUAUUUUUGAUGAGUUAUAAUGAAGAGUGUGUAAUAAUUGAAUAUUUCUUAUAUUAUUUAAUCAUUAUUCCAGUGAUUUUUUUUGAACGGAAAUGGCUUCAUUAUCGCUUCCUAGGGUACUACAACAAAGGAAAACGAGUUUGGAUCUUGAACGCGAACACUUUGAGAAGUUUCAGUAGAAAUAUUGCAUGAAAUAAUAACACAAUUCACGCUAAUACAUUUCGGAGUAAAAUCAAAAAUGUAUUGCCAGAUUAACAAUCAUCAGGCCUAAAAAAGCUUCAUCAGACUAACGGGCACAUCAAUUUUAUUAAAUUGAUUUGACGUUUAAAAUAAUAAAUGAUCACUCUGCUUGUCUGAUUUACUUGAUAAACUCUUGAGUAUUUUCUUCACAAAAAAUAUUAACAAUGUCACCAAUAUCUCCAGUUUCUACUAAACAACUCCAACAUCAGAGUAUAAGUAUAAGUAAAGCUGUAAACCCAACAGAAACUCCAGUAAAAGAGAAACAUGUUCGAAGCGCUAUUAUUGGUACAUAUCAAGAGAAAAGUGGAGCAAUCUUUUGGAUGUUUAUUCUUAGACAACCGUUACAAGAGAAUCGCAUUGUUGCCUGGAAAUUCUGUCAUGUUUUGCAUAAAGUACUCAGAGAAGGUCAUCCAAGAGUCAUACCCGAUUCUCAAAGACACAAAGGAAAGCUUGAAGACAUGGGAAAAAUGUGGCAACACCUGAGAGAAGGAUAUGGGAGACUUAUUCAUUUGUAUAUACGUUUACUUAUCACUAAAUUGGAAUUUCACAAUCGUAAUCCUGGUCUACCAGGUAAUCUACAAGUUACCAAUGAGGAAUUAGAGGCUAUCGGCGAGAAUGAUAUAAAUAUUUACUUUCAAAUGUCAGUGGAGAUGUUUGAUUACAUGGAUGAUAUUUUAAAUCUUCAAAGAGCAGUAUUUGGAUCUCUUGAUCUUUCAAAAUCUAAUUCAAUGACACCAUGUGGUCAAUGUCGUUUAGCACCAUUGAUUCCUUGUAUUCAAGAUGCGUCUCAGCUUUACGAUUAUUGUGUGAAAAUUCUUUUUAAAUUACAUGGUGCACUCCCUGCAGAUACCUUGAAAGGUCAUCGUGAUCGUUUUUCUAAACAGUUUCAAGAUCUUAAAACUUUUUAUAAUACUAUCAAACACAUGCAAUACUUUAAACAUCUUAUCACAAUCCCCGCUUUACCUGAGAAUCCACCCAACUUUUUAAUUCAAUCAGAAUUACGAACAUAUGUAACUCCAGUAAUUUUGUUACCCCAAGAAGAGUCUAUUGAACAUGAUGUAACUGUUGAUAGCCUGAUAGACACAUCGGAUACAAGUUCUGUACCUGGAGAUCAUUUAGAUGCUGCUAGAAAUGGUUCUAUUUCACCAGACGCACUUGCUGAAAGAGAUAGCUUGAUCGAUCAUCUACAUCAUGAGAAUGGAAGACAAAGAGAAGAGUUGCACCGUUUACUUUCAGAACAUCAAAGAAUUGUCGGAGAAAUGAGACAUCACAUAAGAGAAUUAGAAUCCUUGGUUACGUCUAAAAGUAAUGAAUUGGAGCAUCAAAAACAACUUAGUGAAGAUUUAGGUAAACAACAUGCUGAUAUAGUUUUGAAACACCAUGAGCUUGAAGAAAAAAAUAAAUCACUAGAUGAAAAAUUCCAAAAAUUAAAAGAAGUCUACUCCAAAUUACGUGAAGAGCAUAUAAGCCUAAUAAGAAAGAAAGCAGACGUAGAUAAACAAUUGGGUGGAAUAAAAAUUGCCCAAGAACAAGCACAAAGACGUACUCAAGAAGCAGAACAACGUCUAGAAGAACUUCUUCAAGGUCAGGCAACAGCAGAACAAGAAGCUCAAAGAGUAGCCCAGGCUCGAUCUGAUUUAGAUGACGUUCGAAAACAAUAUGAUCAAGCAAAGACUGAAAAUUUAGCAUUGAUUGCAAAAAUUGAUUUCAUUUCAUCUGAGAAAGCUGUUGCUGAAGGUGAUCUUCAUGAUCUUCUUGCACAAAAAGAAGAACUUGAUUUAAGGAUAAAUCAGUUAGUAUCAGAAAUUGAAAGAAUUCGUAGCCAAGGAAAAAAAGAUUUGGAUGCAUUGAACUAUGAAUUGAUUAUUAAUUGUAUUACUUCUUCUGAAACUAUGAUUCAAAAUGCAUCUAGUGCAAUUGAAAUUCCUGCUAUUUCAGCACUUACUUGCACUCCAGAUUAUCUUGAAACUCUAGUAAACCCACUGAUCCAGUCUUUAAGUGAUUUAGAAACGGCUUACAAAAGUUACGAAACUGAUGCAAAAGAAGGAAAAUUAUUAAUACGCUCUUUAAUACGAGCAACUUUUUCUUUAUCUAUUUAUUUAAUCCAUGCUAAAUCUACUUCUAACACUUCAACAGACAUAUCACUUGGAGAUAAACUGACAGACGAAUGCAAAUUAUUAGCUUCUCAAGCUUCUACAAUGUUAAGUAGUAUUAAAGAAAAAUCCCCAUCAACUCUUGAUAAAAUAUCACUCGUAAAAAAUCAAAUUAAUUCUAUCUCUUCAAUGGCUAAUACACUAAUUAAAGCCAGCGGAAAUGUGGAUAUUAUUGGAGACUUAGUAGAAAAUGAACUCCAGAGUAUGGACAAAGCUAUUGAAGAAGCUGCUAGCAGAAUUCAAGAAAUGUUGAAUAAAUCACGUGCUGGUGAUUCAGGAUUGAAAUUGGAAGUGAAUGGAAAAAUUCUAGAUUCUUGUACAGAAUUAAUGAAGUGUAUCAGAAAAUUGGUUAAAAAAUCACGUUUACUACAAACAGAAAUAGUUGCUCAAGGAAAAGGAACUGCAUCAGCUACUGAAUUUUAUAAAAGGAAUCAUCAAUGGUCUGAAGGUUUGAUUUCCGCUGCUAAAGCUAUAGCAAUGGGAGCUAAUUUCUUGCUCGAAGCUGCUGACAAAGUUGUUUCUGGUGAUGGAAAAUUCGAGCAACUUGUAGUUGCGUCGCAAGGGAUUGCAGCAUCAACCGCUCAACUCGUUGUUGCAAGUCGAGUUAAAGCUGAUAGAAACAGUCCUAAUCUCGCAGGUCUUUCAGAAACUUCCAGAGAAGUUACGCAAGCAACUGCUGGUGUAGUUGCUACUGCUAAAAGUUGUGGACAGCUUGUCGAAGAAAAUGAUGAUUUAGAUAUGUCUGGAUUGAGUCUCCAUCAAGCUAAAAGGCUCGAGAUGGAAGCGCAGGUACGUGUUCUUGAAUUAGAGCAAGCUUUGGAGACUGAAAGACGACGACUGGCUGCACUUCGUCGUCAUCAUUAUCAAAUGGCCGGUGAAAAUGAACCAUAAAUUAUUAUUAUCAUUAUUAUUAUUAUUAAUUAGUUAAUUAAUUAAUUACUUUAGUUAUUAUUAAUAUUAUUAAAAUUAAGCAGUAAAUGAAUUAAAAUGAAUGUAAUAUUCGUUGAAAAUGAUAAAAAAAGUGAUCAGAAUGAACACUAGACACGUAAAAAGAUAUUAAUAAUCUGGAACAUGAAGGUCUUAAACAACCACACAGAUAAAAAGGUUAUUGAUGGAACGAUAAGUUAAUAAAAUAUUUAAUGAAAUUGCUGCUUGAAUUUCAAAAUGGUAUUUAUAAUGAUUGUCAAUAAUCAUAUAUUUUUUUAUUCUUAUUUAAUAUUCAUAUUAUUGCUUAUUUAUUUGAAUAUUCACUAAAAUUCAAAUCAAUGUGAAACGAAAGUAACAGUAAAGACUAAUUCGUAAUUUUCAUUAAAAAAUAUUUACAACGUAAAAAACUAAUAAAAAAAAAUCAACGAAGAAUAUUAACACGUUUACAUUCUGAUC